AUGUCAGCAGAGCAAAGACUGAAACGCCUUGAAGAAGUUUUUCUCAAGGGAGCAGCAAAGAGUAAUGGGCUGGCUCUGAGUGUGGAGUCCCUUCUGGAUUCCUUUCUCGUUUUGUAUGAUGAGUGCAACAGUGCAGGAUUGCGCAGAGAGAAAAAUAUCAGCGAGUUUGUGGAAUCCACUCGCCCUGUGUCAACAUUUGUCCGCCAGCAUAGAUUGCAGAGAGAUGACUUUGAAACAUUGAAAAUAAUUGGCCGUGGGGCUUUUGGAGAAGUGGCUGUUGUUAAAGAGAAGUCAACAGAAAAUGUGUAUGCUAUGAAAAUCUUGAACAAGUGGGAAAUGUUGAAAAGGGCAGAGACGGCGUGCUUCAAGGAAGAACGGGAUGUUUUGGUUUAUGGAGACAGAAGAUGGAUAACCAAUCUUCAUUUUGCCUUUCAAGAUGAUAACUAUUUGUAUCUAGUGAUGGAUUACUACUGUGGAGGUGACUUAUUGACUCUGCUAAGUAAAUUCGAGGAUCGUCUGCCAGAGGACAUGUGUAAAUUUUAUGUUGCUGAAAUGGUGCUAGCAAUUAAUUCCCUUCAUGAGCUCCAUUAUGUGCACAGGGAUAUCAAGCCAGACAAUGUGUUGUUGGAUCGCAGUGGCCAUAUUGUCCUGGCUGAUUUCGGUUCCUGUCUGAAGUUAAUGGAAGAUGGCACUGUUCAGUCUUCUGUUGCAGUUGGGACUCCUGAUUACAUAUCACCAGAAAUACUUAGGGCUAUGGAAGAUGGGCAUGGGCGCUAUGGGCCAGAAUGUGACUGGUGGUCAUUGGGCGUGUGUAUGUAUGAGAUGCUGUAUGGAGAAACACCCUUCUAUGCAGAAUCAUUGGUUGAAACUUACGGAAAGAUUAUGAACCACCAGACACGGUUUGAGUUUCCAACUGAUGUAGAUGAUAUAUCACCUGAAGCUCAGGACUUGAUAAGAAGACUGAUUUGUCCACCUAAUACCAGAUUUGGCAAAAAUGGUUUAGAAGAUUUCAAGGGCCAUUCGUGGUUCUCAUCUAUUGACUGGGCUAACAUUCGUGACAUGGACCCACCGUAUAGACCUGAAGUCACAGGUGCAACAGACACAUCAAAUUUUGACGUUGAGGACAUGGAUUUCAAACACACGGACACAGUCCCACCCACUUCUCAUGCCACAUUCAAAGGCCACCAUCUUCCAUUUGUUGGGUUUACCUUUACCAAAGAUUGUAAACUCUCAGACUUGGGUGUCUUGAUGCCAGACAGUGGUGACAGUGGUGACAAGAAGCCUGAAGCCAUACAGAAUGAAAUAUUUGAACGGAAAAUCAAAGGAUUAGAGACGGAAAAUAGAGAAAUGAAUACUCGAAUUCAAGAAUACCUGGCUACAAUUUGCCAGUUACAAAGUUUGGAAAACAGCGGAGGAGCAGCAUCUGGUCCAGAUGAAAACGACUCCAGACAGUUGAAAGAAGAAGUUGCUGUAUUGCACAGAGUCAUAGCAGAAUCUCAAACAGAGAUUGGUAGUUUAGAACAAGAACUGAAAAGAUCAAGUGAACUUGUCCUGGACUUGGAGAGGAAGCUUAGGCUAAGUGAAGAUGAGAAAACUGCUUUUGAAAAGGAGCUGCAGGAAGCUCGAGAUAAAUAUAAAACUCAGUCAAGAGAGCUUAAAGAGGCCUUGAACAAACAGAAGCUUGCAAUGGAUGAGUACACAGACAUUAAUGAUCAAUCAGAAACAAGUAAGGAACACCGUCUUCGGGAGAGGGCAGAAUUAUAUGCUCAAGACUUGGAGGCUGAGAUGGAGAGUUUGAAAAGGAGGCAGAUGGGACGCUUAGCAACCACCAGUGUUGUGGAGAUGACCCAAGAAAUCUCAAGAUUAAAGGCAGAAAUUGAAGAAAAGAAACUGGAGUACGAAGAGAAGAUGUCCCGUUUAACUUCCAAGCACAGCUCAGAAAUAAAUGAAAUCAAAUACCAGCUUCAGGACAGUGACAACAAAAAAUCUGAGCUGGAGAGGGAAGUGGCUAAACUUCAAGCCAAACUGACUGAACAGCUGCACAGUAAAGAGCUUCAGGAGAGGAUCACUGUCUUACGCUCUCAGGCUGACAAUGCAGAUCACAAAGUCAAGGCUCUCACUGAAGAGAAUGAGAGGUUGCAAGAGGAAUCUGUAUCUCAAUCCAACCGCAUCGACAGCUUGAUGAGAGAAAGAAGUCAAAUGGAGGAGGAGAUCCGAGAAAUUUAUGACAAACGGGAGUCUGUUGCUCAGUGGGAAGCUCAGAUCUCUGAAAUAAUUAAAUGGGUGAGUGAUGAAAAGGAUGCCCGUGGCUACUUGCAAGCUUUGGCCACAAAAAUGACAGAAGAGCUGGAAACGCUUAAAGUUAUGGGUGUGUCGGAUGAAUCGAAUCGCCACAGAUGGAGGAACCGUCGUUCCGCUAAAAUGGAGAAGAUGGAACUGUUAAACCUCCAGUCACAGUUACAGUCUGAGCUUCAAGCAAAGCAGCAGAUUAGCGCUGAGCUGUCCAGGACCAAAGAUGAGCUUACCACUACAGAAAAUAAAUUACAAGAAAGUACAAAACUGGUGAAUGAGUUAAAAGCCAAAGUUGAAGACCUGGAGACAAAAUUGAACAAAGCUAAUGAUAAUUGGGAGUCGAGAAGGGGAGAUAACACUUCAAUCUUUGAGUACUUGAAUGAUAAAUAUGCAUUGUUGCCUGAUCAAAUCUCUAUUGAAAGUGAGAGAGAAGAAGACAGUGAAGCUGACAAUACCUCAAGGACAGACUCACGAACAGACUCUCGUACAGAUUUGAGGCUAGGUAGUGAUUCUGAACCAUCAGUGCCUAGAGAAAUACCUUAUACUCAGCCUUAUGAGCCAGUAAGAUCGUGGGGUGUGAGCACAACAGGUAGCCCCAUUCAACAGCGGUUAGGUUCUCAAGGAAGCACGGAUACACCUCGUUCUCCAAAGUCUCCUCAUGGCAGACAGCACAGAUUUAUUGUCAAGUCUUUCCAGUCCCCUUACAAAUGUAACUUCUGCACCAGCCUACUUGUGGGGCUCCAGCGCCAGGGUAUCACGUGUGAAGCUUGUUCGUACACCUGUCAUGUGUGGUGCAUGGACAAAUGUCCUGACCAGUGUCCGGUUCCCCCUGAACUUUACAAGCGUCCUUAUGGAAUUGAUAUAAAUAAAGGACAGGGCACAGCAUAUGAGGGUUUUGUUAGAAUCCCAAGGUUAGGUGGCAUUAAGAAAGGCUGGGCGAGAGAAUAUAUGGUGGUCUGUGAUUUUAAACUGUUUCUGUAUGAAAUUCCUGCUGACAAGACAUGGCCCAAUCAGGAGGUCCAACAAGUGGUUGACAUGAGAGAUGAAGAGUUUUCUGUAUCAGCUGUGUCACCAAGUGAUGUGAUUCAUGCAAAUAAAAGGGAUGUUCCUUGCAUUUUCAGAGUUACAACUUCAGAGAUGAACCCACCAGGAACACAGCAUCAGAUACUUUUAAUGGCUGAUAAUGAGAAGGAGAAGGACAACUGGUUGAAAAUCCUGUCCCAGCUCCAUAUAAUACUGCGCAGCAGGAAUCUCCCCAACAAGAAUGUAUAUAGUGCUCAAGAAGUAUGUGAUAACUCACUUCCUCUAGUGAAAAGUACAUACUGUGCUGUCAUUUUAGAUUCAUCAAGACUCAUUUUAGGAACAGAUGAUGGAUUGUAUAUAGUUGAUUUGACCAAGGAUCAGUUUGUGCGCAUUGGAGACAGAAGUGAGAGGAAGCAAGUGUUCCAGGUUGAUUUGUUGCAGGAGCAGCAACUGGGCUACCUUGUUUAUUUAAGUGGCAAGCAAAGACAUAUAAAGCUUCUGCACCAGUCAGCCUUAGAAAACAAUGACUGCGAACCGUUGAAGAUCAACGAAACUAAAGGAUGCCAGAUAUUUUGCCAUGGGGAAAUUCGACAGCCUCAUGGUGGCAACUCUUGUUGCCUGUGUGUGGCUAUCAAACGCACAGUUCAGGUUUAUGAGAUCAACAAGACACGCCAGAAAUACCGCAAGAUGAAAGAUAUUCAGGUGGCUGGUCAGGUUCAGUGUAUAGAGAUGAUGAGUGAUCGACUCUGUGUCGGCUACCCUUCAUGUUUCGCCAUCUAUUGUGUCCAGGGGGAUGCAGCUCCCAUGACCUUAGUCAGCACUGAGGACAACACCCUGAGUUUCCUGGUGAAGAAUCCCAUUGAUGCCAUGUUUGCAGUUGAAUUGUCACAAAAGGAGUAUCUCUUGGUCUUCAACAUUGUAGGGGUCUAUGUCAACAACAGUGGAAAUCGUAGCAGGCAGCAAGAGAUUCUCUGGCCUGCAACACCUGUAGCUGUUAGCUAUACAGCACCCUACCUGGCAUGUUACUCAGAAAACUCUGUCUACAUUUUUGACGUUAACACUUCUGAAUGGUUACAGACACUGUGCCUCAAAAGGACAAAACCUCUUUGUAAAGAUGGCUCUCUGAAUUUUAUCAACAACUUUGACUCACAGCAUAUUGUCUACUUCAAAGAUAUCAAGAAAGAAGAAGAGAGAUUACCUGUAAUGGACAUCUUCAAACAGAAGAGCAGCAGGAACAAACGUAGGUUUUCUUUCAAAACAUUGCAGGAGGAGAAAGCCAGCAAAGUGCCUGAAAGACGUAGCCGAGAGAUUUCAGGUCCUUUGAACUUCAGCCACAUCGCUCAUGUGGGACCAGGGCAGCUGAUGGCUGCCUCGCAGAUUGCUCCGCCAGCUCAGACUGACAGAAGAUCAAGAGUUAUUUCCCCACCAUCUAAUUUUAGUCACAUUGCCCACAUAGGACUGGACCAAGGAUAUCAAGUACUCAUUGAUUUACCAAAAACUGGAGCAGCUGCGGGCAGCGAGGAAAUGCAGAGAGUGAAAAGUAUGUUUCAGCCACAGUUGAAGUCUAUACAUGAAACUCAAGGACGAGGGGCCAGACCUACUAGUACUCAGUAUAAUGGUACCACAGGAGGCAGAGGGGGUGAUAACUUGCCUAGACGUGGGAGAGGAAGUGGUCGAUCUCUUCCUCCUCAGGUACCAGGGAGGGGUGGCGAAUCAUAUGCACAGCAGGAGCAGAGUAGCUUUGAAAAGGAAAUGUCUUCACAGAUUUUUGAAGAUAGCAUGGAGCCUGCUGGGUAUUGGAGGCGCUCAGUGGCAUCAAAUGCCAGCAGUAGCCUGUCUCCGCCCAGCUCCAACAGACAAAGCCUGGUAGAGGAUGAUGAGAGCUCGCCUCCUGCUAAUGUUGCCGAAGCAUUUAACACACAGCUCUGA